AUGACUACUAAUAGACUUCCCAAGUUGAAGUUUAAAAAGAGCAUUGUCAGCUCUCCAAAGGAGUCUAUCCCUUUGAAAGAACUACUUGACAGAUUGGAUGCUCUAUCGACAGAACUUUCAAAAGUGGAUCAAGAAAAAUUUGACGUCAAUUCGUUGAAUAACAUUAAGGAUGAUCUAAUUAACAAAAAGUUGAUCAACCACAAGGACGCUGGUGUUCAAUCAUUGGUUGCUUGUUGUAUUUCUGAUGUGUUGAGAAUCUACGCCCCUGACGCACCAUACACCGAUUCUGAGUUGACCAAUAUUUUCAAAUUAUUCAUCAAACAAUUUAAAAAAUUAGCAGAUCAAGGAAAUGGGUAUUAUACUCAACAAGUGUAUUUAAUUACAAGACUUGCUGAAGUUCGAAGUAUCAUUUUGAUCACUGAUAUUGAUGAUAAUACAGCAUUGAUUGAAAGUAUAUUUGAAUUGUUUUAUGAUUCCAACAACAAUUUCCACAAGAAGCUUGAACCUGUUAUUGCUGAUGUAUUGAUUGAAAUUAUUUCAGAGUGGGAUCAAAUCAGCUCAAAUGUUCUCAAGUUGAUUUUGAACAGAUUCUUGACGAAUACAAGCAGAGAGGGAGCUUCUAUCACCUCAAAUUUAUCUUCAUCAAGUGCAUCACCAUUCAAUUUUACACUGAGCAUAUGUAAUGCCAAUCCUGAUAGAUUAGCUAGACAGUUGACUAAAUUUUUUUCAGAAGUGCUAUUUGAGAAUAAUGAAGGGGAAGAUUCUGAGGUCCAGUUCAAAAAUCUAAGAAAAUUACACAAUCUAUCUGUUGAAAUCUGGAAACAUGUUCCUGAAAUUUUAGGAUCUGUUAUGGGUCUUAUUGACAAUGAAUUGAAUGCUGAUAAUGAAAAGUAUCGUAUUCUUGCCACUGAAACGGUUGGGAAAAUAUUGGCUUGUCAAUCAAGAUUAAACUUUGUUCAUACACACAGAGAGACUUGGAUAAGUUGGUUGAAGAAAACUUUAGACAUUUCGCCACAUGUUCGUACCAGAUGGGUGGAAGAGGCUUCAAAGGCGCUGAUCAAUAGAACUGAUGUGUUAGCAGAAAUUUCCAAUGGCCUUGCAAAGACCUUGAUAGAUACAGAUGAAAGAGUCAGACUUGUGUCAACCAGAGCUAUUUCUAAAAUCCCAUCUUCCGUUUUGGCUAAUAAAGUUAACAACAAGUCCAUUUUGAAUGGUUUAAUCCAACUUGCAAGAGAAAAGCAUCCGGAAAUUAGACAAGAGUCAAUCAAUACUUUAGCCUGUUUGUUUGAUGAUUGUUACCAAGAUAUUUUCUACAAUGAUGCAUCUGAAGGUGAUGAGGUUUACAAAAUAAUCAAUCAGAUACCUAACCAUAUCUUGAAUCUUCUAUACAUCAAUGAUAAAAACAUCAAUUAUCUUGUCGAUAAAGUUCUUGUGGAGAAAAUUUUGCCUUUUGAAAGUGAUGAGUUGAAAAGAGUAGAGAGAAUGUUGAAUGUUUUCCAAACUCUUGAUGAUAAAGGUAGAGCAUCUUUUAUUGCCUUUAACAGAAGACAGCAACAGCUAUCAGGUGUGUUAACAAAGUUGAUUGAAUUUUCAGAAGCAUUCAAUGGUGGACACGAUGGUGAUGCUGAUGUUGAAAAAAAGAUUAAUAAGACGAUCGAUUGGCUUUCAGUCUCCUUGCCUGAUAGAUAUAACCCAAAGAAAUCCUUGGAAAGAUUUACCAAAAUCAAUAACAGAAGACUUUACUAUCUAACAAAGUUGACAAUAUCACCAGACUCUGAUUAUGAAACGAUAAGAAAUUCAAGUAAGGAGCUAUUUACAAGGCUACAGGAUUCAAAGGUGGUUAACUCAGUUGAAGAUGAAAGUUCUUAUCCAAUUAAUGAUAUUUUCCAAACCUUCAAAAUUUUGAUUUACCGUGCAAGCUUAAAUUUUUAUAAUAGAUCAAAUAUUUCAUCGUUGUUGAAGUUGAGUGAAAAUUCAAAGUAUAGCAAAAUUGCCCAAGAACUAGUGGACAAUGUCUCAACAAUCACACCAGCUGCAUUCAAGAAUCAAAUUCAAGAUUUGGUAAAACUUAUCAAAGAUUCAGUUCCAGGUGUUGGUGAAAGCAAAGUCAAUACAUUAAGGGCUUUGUUUCACAUUUUCCACAAAAUGAAAGACUACUUAGACGAUGAUGAUAGUGAAUUUUUUGAUAAAAUUCUUGACUUUGCUUCCAAAGGUACCCCAUUAGAAGCCAAAUUUGCCGUCAAAUUGAUCUCAUUAUCAAAACACGAAGAUGCCUUAUCUGUUCAAUUGUUUGAUUCAAUUUAUCCCUUUGAUGGUGACUCUGAAUAUUUCACUAGCCACCUUGCUGUUUUAUCACAAUUAUUUUUGACACAACAUAGCAUUGUUGAAGAAAAGGCUAACGAGAUAACACCAUUUUUGAUUAAGAACGUACUUUUAACAAAUGAGGUUGUUGGUAAAGAGUCUGACCCAGUUUGGAUAAGUGAUGAGGAGCUGGAGAAAGGAAAUGAUUUAAAUCUUAGCGCAAAAUCAUUAGCUUUGAGAAUCUUCACAAACAGAUUAAGAUCAUUGUCUGAAGCUGAUGAAGAAUCUGAUAAUAGUGUCUCAUCAAUUGCGGAACAUGUCUUGAAGUUGUUGAUUUCAUUAAUUGGGAAUGGGGGUGAAAUUGUGAGCUCAAAAUCUGGGGCCUAUCCAACACCAAGACACUAUCAAACAAGACUUAGAUUGGAUGCUGGUUUGAAUCUUUUAAAGUUGGCUAAAAUUCCAAGGUACAAUAAGUUGAUCAAACCAACCACUCUUAAUAGAUUAGUUUUGUUGAUCCAAGAUGAAGAGGAAAAUGUUCGUUCUAUUUUUAUCCACAAGCUAACAUCGCUUUUGAAAACUGAAAGUAUUUCAUUAAAAUUCUUACCAUUGGUUUAUUUCAUUGCUUAUGAACCAAAUGAUUCAUUGAAAAAUGAAAUUAGAACUUGGAUCAAAUUUUCAUUCUCCAAAACAUCAUCAGCUAUUGCCAAUAGGGCUCAGAAGAGCAUAGUAUUUGAAAAAAGUAUAACUGGUUUAUUACACUCAAUAGCUCAUCAUUCUGAAUUUUUGGAAUAUAUUGAACAAAAAGAUGAUUCUGAAGAAGAUGAAGGUGCUUUGAAGGCAUUCACAUUUGCUCUUGAGUAUAUUACAUUCUUCCUUGAUACUAUUGCCACUGAACAAAACAUUUCCUUACUUUUCUACUUUGCCACCAGAAUAAAACAAUAUAGGGACGCAUUGUUUCAAGAAAAUGACUUCAAAGAACGCAAUGAUGCUAUUUAUAAUAUUUACAGAGUUUCAGAUUUAGCCCAAUUGUCCAUCAAAGAACUACAAGAUCAUAAGAACUGGACGCUAACAACAUAUCCUGGUAAAGUAGAUCUAUCAUCUGAAUUAUUUGCAUCAAUGAAGAGUUCAGAAGAAGGUCAAAAAAUUGUAUCAACUAGUUUCAUCCCUGAAUCAAUCACUAAAGCUCUCAAAGCAAAAGUUAGACAAAAAAUAUCAUCAAUUUCAACUUCUAAAAGAGGUCGUCCACAUCAAGAACCAAAGGAAAAUGAAGCGCCAAAAUCUAAGAAAAUCAAAGCUGACUCAGUUAAACCAAAGAAAAGAAAGAAGGCUGCUAAAGCUCGAGAUGAAGAUGAUUCCGGUAAUUACAACAAAGGUAAAGACUCUUCCCCAAAUAAGCCAUUAAGAAAGAGUUCUCGUGCAAAACGUAUUAGUUAUGCUCAGGAUGAGGAAGAAGAGGAGGAGGAAGAAAUUGAAGAGGAGGAAAGUGACGAAGAAGAGGAAAGUGAUGAUGAAGAUUAG